AGUAACACAGCAGACGGCGUUCAGAGUGGCUGCAGCGAGCCAGAGGCGAUCGCCGCAACCAAAAAAAGAAGAAAAAAGGGAGAGACGAACGGAGAGAGAACGAGGAAACGACCUGGGCCAUUUCCCCCCGCUUCUAGCUUUCCACCUCGCUGCCGCCUGCCCGCUGCCUCCUCCGCCUGCUGUUCCCCCUGCUAUGACCCUGUUUAAGAGCGAACAUCGCAGCCCGAGACACAUUAACAUGACUGGAGAGCUCAAAUCAAGCCGCCCCAAGGCAGGACCCAAGAGGCCAAGCAGCGCGAUGUAUGGAUCUGACUACGACCUGGAAUACGAGUGCUACCAGGACGACUUCUAUGACAGGGUGUAUGACUACCAGCGCGUUCCUGCCUCCGUGACCUCCGUCCCGCACGGGCCCGGCCUGGCCAAGCGCUCCCGCACCUCCUCCUCCGGGCUCCGCCGCAGCCGCGACCGACCGCUGGCCAAGGGCAGCUCCCGCACCGGCUCCUCCAGCUCCAGCAGGGCCAAAUUGAAGAUGGAGGAGUUGCAGACGAUAAAGAGAGAGCUGACUCUGAUUAAGGUGCAGAUCGACGGGCUACUGGAAAGCCUGGACAGGAUGGACAGACAGAGGAGGGACCGCACUGGGUCCCCCCCAACUCGUGAGGGCAGUUUGACGGGUUCGCCCUACCUCGGCCCGGCCAGCAGUCCGGAAGGCACCCCCAACAGUCACAGCCCCCACCGCCGGGCCCGGAGAGACCGGGAGGGGGGCGAGAGCCCGGAGCUCGGGGAGGCCAGCGAUGACGACCGCCACACGAUUAAUCAUCACAGCUCAGACCUGGAGGAUGACAUGUGAGAGUCUACAGCUCAGCUGAAGCAGGAGCCCGUGACAGAGCUGAACGCACUAUACAUGGAGGGGGGAGGGGGGGAGUGACCAUUGCCAGUCCAGCAGUUGCCAUGGAAACGCCUAUCUCCAGCCUCACCCACCUUGUUGUCACAGGACUCGAGUUAUCUGUUGUACAUUUGUAAAAAAAAAAAAAAAAAACAAAACAAAACAAAAAAAAAAACGCCACAACAACCCCCCUGGUGUCCCGCCCUCAUACUGACCUUGUUCAUCUUUUCUCCCAGAAUGCAUAGGGCCACCACACAUCCAUCACUUCCUGUUUGAGUGUGUCUCCAUGGUCGUCCGUCUUUAGAAGAGUUGUGGCUGUGCUCCUGCGAAAAAUUUACCAUCUGUGACGAACGUACUGGCAUGAUAAUUACAGCUUAUUUGGAGAAAUGAGGUUCAUAUCUCCUACAGAUGUUCUCCCCUGGGAUUAGUGCUCUGAACACAAAGACACCUACAGGCAAGCACACACACACACACACACACACACACACCGAUUGUAUCUGUUUAAAGCAAUUAUAAAGCAGAAUAGGAAAGUGAAAUUAUUUGAAAGAUUAUAAUCCCUCUUUGCAAAGGUCACCACAUAUGCAGAAUACAGAUUAAAUCGAGACGAUGGUCUUGUCAGUUUAAAUAGAUUUGAGCCCUGAGGAGUGUAUACAUAUAUAUAUAUAUAUGUAUAUAUAUAUAUAGAGAGAGAGAAAGUUUUCUUGAACUGAAAGGCUCAGGCUUUGUGACUUUGUGUCAAGGCAUGAAAUAUCUCCCUGUAAAUGUGCAUAAUUUAGCCGUGAUUCUGCCCUGAGCACCGCACAGGUCUCUGUGCUGUACUGGCUUUAUCUGCACCAGGGCCCUGUUUAAUGCUGUCAGCUAAAGCCUGUCAGUAUGACAACAGCUGUCAACACACUGUUAUCAGCCAGGUAUUAAUCGCAGAUCUCUGCAGUCGUAGGGCUGCAGGGUUUGUGCUAAAAUGGCUGCCUGGCGUCCCCGGCGUCCCUUUUUGCUGAUAUCACCCGGUACUUUAAAUAGGACUUCCAUCAGAUUUUAAUUUGCCUUUUGACAACAAGGUCUUCUCGCGCAGUGGUUCCCACACUUAAUAAUGGGGACCCACCAAGUACGCUUUUGUUACAGCUAAUCUCUCAACCAUUUGAGAUUGCUGAAAAUCUAUUUUCUCUUUAACAUAAUUUAACAAAAGGCAAGUUUGGCUUGUUGCCCUUUCAUUGACUUUGAACAGAAAUGGUUGGAAUAAAUAUAUUAGUUGAUUUGACUGAAUAAAUGUCCUUGGAUGUAAACAAGGAACAAAUUGUAUUGCCAUAGUGGGUAUCACUUUCUCCGACAGUAUGGCUUUAAUGUAGCCAUGAAGGACAAUUGGCAGCUAGGCAUAAUUAUGGUUGUGAUAACAGUUAAAAUGAAAACUAAGAUAGUGGGCAUACCACAGUGGGUUCCUCUGACUGAGUUUGGGAACCACCGCAGUGGCGUUUGGUGUGGUGAUCAUCAGCUUUAAUCAUCUGUGUUUGUGACAUGAUGAGCUGAUCCCAGGGUUGGCUGCUGGCACAGACAUUAUGCGAUCGUUUUGGGCCACAACCAUCCCUGUGACCACACACCGCAAAACAAAACAAACAAAAAAAGUCAGUCUCAACAAGGAUUUUAUUCUCAAAAUCUUAUUUCUAUCACUUUUUUUUUCUAAAUAAGGCAGUUCAAUUAAUUUCAAGAUUUGCCAAUGGGGUAAGAAAAUUUCACUUGUCAAGCAAACAGUAACUUAAAAUACAAUUAUACUUUUCUCUUGAUAGUGGAAAAAAAAAAAGUCUCAUAAGUCUCAUAAUAAGACAAAAACACUUGCUAAGACAGAUGUUUUUUGCAGUGCGCAAUAAGGGCCACCCCACAAGGGGUCUUAAAUGCCACCGAAAACAUUGGGCCGCCUUAUCUGUGGUGCGUCUGUGUGUGUGUGUGUGUGUGUGUGUGUGUGUGUGUGUGUGUGUGUGUGUGUGUGUGUGUGUGUGUGUGUAAAGACCUUGAAUACAGCCACACUACCCAGUGCUCUAUCCAUUGACAGUUCUUGAAGAAGCUCUCUCACUGAGUUCGAUCGGAGUCUAUAAUCUGUGAUUUGGCUCAUUGUCCAAGCCUGUAAUGGCUCCGUGCCAAACGCUUUUCCCUUCACUAGAGCUCUAAGCCCUCAAACAGACUCUUUUAAACUGACAAUAAAACCGCCAUUAAACCUUUUAAGCAUACACACACUUUAACUAAGUGCAUUUGUUCCUAGAGUUAGCCAAGUUUAAUCUCAAUCCAGUGUACUAUUGAUUAGAGCUGAAGCUUUCAAUUAAACAGAGACAUUAUAAGCUGUAAAAGAAUACAUAAAUAAAUAAAAAAUGAAUUCAUAAGUAAAUCAGACCACACAAUCUGUGGUCCCUCUUGGUGAUGUCUGGCAAAGUCCCAGGUGAGUUUCGAACCUUUCUGAGAAAAUCCUGUUGUGUUCAUCCGUGUGUUGAGAAUGUCUGCGGCAGGUGACUGAACUGUGGAGACGUUAUACAACUGUGUGCAGAAGCUGAGCCCCAUCCGCCUCACCCCUGAGCUAAAAAGCCUUACUUUAGGGGGAGAGAAACCCAGCCUUUUCCGCAUUUCUUUUCAAAAACACGCAUCACUUCACAUUGUGGAUACACGAUACAAGGUUAUCAACAAACAUGAACCGUGCUCAUUCUGCAAAUGGUUACUGCUUUGUCAUUAGAAAAGGUGUUUGUAAAUUAUUAUCAGUGUAAUUAAAUUUUAAAAAAUAUCAAAGCAUGGCUCUGCUAGCAAGCUGCUGUUGUUGAAAUAGAGGGAGUGGGACUGUCUCCUUUCCGGCCUGCCAGGCAGAUCGCUACGUCCGUGUCUGUCCGUGUGUAACGUGUAAUAGACGAUAUAAACCCACUUCUCCUUCCAUGUCUAAGGUGCUGUGGACUGAUGAUCUGACUGGGUUGAUGUGUAAUAUUGUGUAAUAUUUUAAACUUUCUUGUAUUUGGUCAGAUCAGUCUGAUUCUAUCCUGUAUUUGUUUUUGUUUCAUUAUUUGAAAACUAUUUUGUUAUCCUCUACUUCCAGUGCUGUUUGGUAGGUUUUUUUAUUUGUAUAAUUAAUAAUUUCUUUGUUUGCAUUCAUAAAAAGCUGAGUGGAAACGCAUAAACAGUAAUAGUAGUAAAGGUAUUUUCAUAUUGAUUAUAA